AUGGGCUUGGAUCCUAUGAACCAAUCUAUAGCCAAGAAUGCAGCUGACGGAUCUUUCAUGGACAAAUCAUUCGCAAGGGUGACACAAAUACUUGACAAAAUGGCAAAGCGUAAUCAAGCAUGGCAUUCCGAGGACACCACAGGCGAAAUUACAUAUGGUUCUCCUUCCUUGAGCAACAUGAUCAAGGAAAAUCAAGAGAGAGAUCAAGUGAUUGCAGGGCUUGCUACAAAUAUCAAUGUGUUGACAAAGAUGUUCACCGAAAGCCAAACGAAGAAGGUAAAUGUGGUUGAGGAUGUGCAACCCAUAUCAAAUGAGGAUUUUGAGGAAGCAAAUUAUGUCAACAACUCUCAAGGAGUCUAUCAAAGGCAACAAUACCAAGGUCAAGGACAACAAAAUCAAUGGAGGCCAAACCCACAAGGGCAAGGCCACCAACAAUGGCGAAAUGACCAAGGUGGCUCAAACCAAGGAAACUGGAACAACAACAACAACUUCUCAAACCGGAGUUCAAACCCUUAUGUUCCCCUGAAGGGUCAAUAUUCAAAUCAAGGUUCCUCAAGUGAGUCUAAGUUGGAAGGUAUGCUUGAACGGGUAUUGCAAAAUCAAGAAAAAUCCGACACUUCUAUGAGGAACACGACCGAGCUUGUUGGCUCUCAUACCGCAUCCAUUCAAAAAUUGGAGAUGCAAAUGAGAGACCUCUCUAGAGAACAAAAUCCAAAGCAAAAGGGAACACUCCCUAGUGACACAAUUGCGAACCCAAAGGGUAGUGGGAGUGGCCCAACUUCUCAUGUCAUGGCAAUUACUACUCGGAGUGGGAAGGUACUACAAGGAGAGGGUGAACAAGUGGUUGAGGUGGAAGAGUUCGAGAAAGGGGUUAACGUUGAAGAGCCAAGUGUUGUCGAAAUUGAGAAGAUUCCGGAAGAUGUGCAAGUGCAAAAAGAGAACUGGGAAGAGGUAAAGGAAAAGCAAUUAUCGGUGAAUAUUCCAUUUGUGAAAGCAUUUCAAGAGAUGCCGGGUUUUGCUAAGUAUUUGAAAGAUUUGAUCACCAAGAAGAAGACCACCAAAAAUGAAGUGAAAGAAGACCCGGGAGAUUUCACCAUUCCUUGUACCAUUGGGACACAUGAUUUUGCAAGAGCCCUUUGUGAUAAUGGGGCUAGCAUCAACUUGAUGCCUCUUGCCAAUUACAAGAAAGCAGGAUUAGGUAUGCCAAGGCCCACAAGUAUGAGAUUGCAAAUGGCCGAUCGCUCCAUCAAACGACCGGUGGGAAUUGUUGAUGAUGUACUUGUGAAGGUGGGAAAAUUUCAUUUACCCGCCGACUUCGUAAUCCUUGAUUGUGCGGUUGACAAAGAGAUCCCUAUCAUCUUGGGGAGACCAUUCCUGGCCACUGGAAGAGCACUAAUGGAUUCGGAACGGAAUGAGAUCAAAUUCCGUGUGAAUGAUGAAGAGGUUACAUUCCAAGCAAGCAAGGGUAUGAAACUACUGCAUGAGUAUGAAAGCAUCUCGGUGAUCGAUGUUGUUGAUGAAGUAGAGGAUGCGGUUGAAAUGAAAAUGGAAGAACAAUGCCUCGGCGACGCAUUGGCAGCUAUUUUGGUGAACUUUGAUGGUGAAAAUAUGGAAGGGUAUAUGGAAUCGGUGAAUGCAUUGGAGGGGCUUGGGUCCUACACUUAUGCUCUGGCAAAGCUCUCUCUCGACUUGGAGAAUAGAGCCACUCCACCCGUAAAGACUUCUAUUAUCGAACCUCCGCAACUAGAGCUCAAACCACUUCCACCACACUUGAGGUAUAAAUUUCUUGGCUCAAAUGAUACUUUAUCGGUAAUUGUUUCUUCUCUGUUGAAUGAUGUGCAGGUAGAACAAUUGUUGGAAGUCUUGAAGGAGCAUAGGCAAGCCAUUGGAUGGACAAUCGCGGACAUCCGUGGGAUUCCCGCGGGAAUUUGCGAGCACAAAUCCAAUUGGAGAGUGAAACGAAACCAAGUGUGGAACAUCAACGACGGUUGA